CUUUAACCUUCCUCUCGGAGGCUGCAGUUUUUCGAAGCGGCGCGGCAAGAGAGAGCAGCAGCAGCCGCCGCCGCCGCCGCAGCAGCAGCAGCAGCAACGGGAGCGUCCACUAGCUGAGCGUCUGAGAAGGACCGGGCGAGGGAUCGAGCCCCUCUUCUUCUUCUUCUUGCUCCUCCUCCUCUUCCUCCUCCUCUUCUUCUUCCUCGAUUUCUUCUCCCCCUUUCAGAGCCUGGCGAGGGCUGAGUGAGCAUCGCAUCGACCCGUGAGAGCCCUCUUGCCUUGGCUUCCUCUCCCCCCCCCCCCCCCCCCCCCCCCCGAAAGGCAGAGUUGUAAAGGGAUGCUGGGCGAGCAAGAGACGGAAGAGCUCCGGUCCAAGCAAGUCGCUCCCGCCGCACCACCAGCAGAGGAGGCGGAGAGAGGCAGGCGGAGAAGCGGCGCCGUUGCCACCGACGCUGGCCGCGUUUCCUGCCCGGCUUUGUAAAACGGAGCGGCUAAAGCAUCCUUCGCCUUCCUUCCCUACGAAUUCCUCCGAGACUUAAAGGGAAAAAAAAACCAUUAAGGAACAAAGAAGGAAUGUGAUUGGCUUCAGCACAGAGAACUAGCUUCCAUUUGAGGUUGAGGGAAAAUCAUCACUUCAGCAUCAUUUUGUACUGCCAUCAUGAGAACUUAUCAUUGCUUCUGGCUCCUGUUUUGGUUUGGUCCUCUUCACCAAAGUUAUUCUAUACCAUUAUCCCAAAAAACUACUGGUUUUCCAGAAAACCCAAAAGUUUUGGAUUUAUCUAGAAACAGCAGAAAGGAGCUUAGUCGUUCCAAAAGAAGCUGGAUGUGGAAUCAGUUCUUCCUUCUGGAGGAAUACACAGGCUCUGAUUAUCAGUACGUUGGCAAGCUUCAUUCUGACCAGGAUAAAGGAGAUGGUUCACUCAAGUACAUCCUUUCUGGAGAUGGAGCAGGUGACCUGUUCAUCAUCAAUGAAAACACUGGAGAUAUCCAGGCCACGAGAAGACUUGAUAGAGAAGAGAAGCCUGUUUACAUUCUUCGUGCUCAGGCUAUCGUCAAAAAGACUGGGAGGCCUGUGGAACCAGAAUCAGAGUUUAUCAUUAAGAUCCACGAUAUCAAUGACAAUGAGCCCCUGUUUACAAAGGACAUUUACAAUGCCAGCGUCCCAGAAAUGUCUGAUGUAGGUACAUUUGUCAUGCAAGUCACUGCAACGGAUGCCGAUGACCCUACAUAUGGGAACAGCGCUCGAGUUGUCUACAGUAUUCUCCAGGGACAGCCAUAUUUUUCUGUUGAGUCUGAGUCAGGUAUCAUCAAAACAGCUUUGCUAAACAUGGAUCGAGAAAACCGGGAGCAGUACCAAGUAGUCAUCCAAGCCAAGGAUAUGGGAGGUCAGAUGGGAGGAUUAUCAGGAACCACCACGGUGAACAUCACAUUGACUGAUGUCAAUGACAAUCCACCCCGCUUCCCCCAGAGUGCCUAUCAAUUCAAAAUAGGAGAAUCUGCACCCCUUAAUUCACCAAUUGGACGGAUAAAGGCUAAUGAUGCGGAUGUGGGUCCGAAUGCCGAGAUGGAAUAUAACAUUCUUGAAGGGGAUGGCUCGGAAAUGUUUGGGAUUACAACAGACAAGGAAACACAAGAAGGCAUUGUAAUUGUAAAAAAGGCUUUGGAUUUUGAAAAGCGGAGACAGUUUACUCUAAAAGUGGAAGCCAGCAAUCCACAUGUGGAUCCCAGAUUCCUCUAUCUGGGACCCUUCAAGGACAUUACUACUGUCAGAAUUCAAGUAGACGAUGUGGAUGAACCUCCAAUCUUCAGCAGACCAGCUUAUAUAUUAGAAGUAAAGGAAGAUGUCCCGAUAAAUACCGUCAUAGGAGCUGUAACAGCCCGAGAUCCUGACAGUGCAAAGAACCCCAUCAAGUAUUCUGUGGAUCGGCAUACUGAUAUGGACAGAAUAUUCAACAUUGAUUCUGGAAAUGGAUCAAUAUUUACUUCCAAACCUCUCGACCGAGAAAUGUUAUUGUGGCAUAACAUUACAGUAAUAGCUGCUGAAAUCAACAACCCAAAAGAAAGCAGCCAAGUCCCAGUAUUUAUUAAAGUCCUGGAUGUGAAUGACAACGCUCCAGAGUUUGUCAUGUUUUAUGAGACCUUCGUCUGUGAAAAUGCAAAAGCUGAGCAGCUCAUCCAGACUCUCAGUGCAGUUGACAAAGAUGAUGCUUUUGGUGGGCACAAAUUCUCAUUCACUUUGGCCCCAGAAGUAGCCAGUAGCUCCAAUUUCACCCUUCACGACAACAAAGAUAAUACAGCUGGAAUCUUCACAAAGAAAAUGAGAUAUAACCGUCAUGAAAUGAAUAUAUACCUCCUACCAGUGAUAAUCUCAGACAAUGAGUAUCCAGUUCAGAGUAGCACAGAGACGGUGACAAUUCGAGUGUGUGCCUGUGACCAAAGAGGCAAAAUGCUGUCCUGUAAUGCUGAAGCACUGAUCCACCCAACUGGCCUUAGCACAGGCGCAUUGAUCGCAAUUCUCCUUUGUAUAAUUAUAUUGUUAGUUACUGUGGUGCUGUUUGCAGCUCUGAGGCGGCAAAGAAAGAAAGAGCCUUUGAUCAUCUCUAAAGAGGACAUCCGAGAUAACAUUGUCAGUUACAAUGACGAAGGCGGCGGAGAGGAAGACACUCAAGCCUUUGAUAUUGGCACGCUGCGAAAUCCUGAAGCCAUAGAGGACAAUAAAUUGCGCCGAGACAUUGUGCCAGAAACGCUGUUCAUGCCACGCCGGACUCCAGUGGUACGAGACAACACUGAUGUCAGAGAUUUUAUUAGCCAAAGGUUAAAGGAGAAUGAUACAGAUCCAACUGCACCCCCUUAUGACUCAUUAGCUACAUAUGCAUAUGAAGGCAGUGGCUCAGUGGCUGACUCUCUUAGCUCUUUAGAGUCGGUGACCACAGAUGGAGACCAGGACUAUGAUUACCUCAGUGACUGGGGGCCUCGUUUUAGGAAGUUGGCCGAUAUGUAUGGUGGUGAAGACAGUGAUAAAGACUCCUAAUAAUGUUGCCUUUUCCUUUUUCAAGAAACAGCAGUGAAAUGUGUGAUGUCGCUACUUCUUUCUAUAUAUCAACCAUUCUCGGAAAGGGUUCUCUAAACCUAUCGGUUUGAAUUGUUUCUUGACUGCAGUCUUUGUGGAUCUGAUGUCAUUCCCACUGUAAUUUCAGCUUCCAAGAGAGGAAGAAACCCCACCAAACCUUUGUUAUUUUUUCAAUCGCGUUUUUAUUUAGGCAGUUCAACGGCCAAACGGCAAAGCAAUUGAGGGAGAACUUCCCCACCCCAAACAGAAAUGGAAUACUAAUUUUAAUAUGUUUCUGCUAAUUUUGUAAAUGGGAUUACCUUAAUGUUAUAGCUCACCAAAUAACCUAUAUUUUAAUUAUUCACCCAAGACACAUUUUUAUGCAAAUUAUAUAUAUUGAACACCCUAUUUUAAGGAAAUGAUAUGGCUUAUAUAUUAUAGGAAAAGAGUAUAGGUCUUUUAAAAGCUACAAGGGAGCUGUAAAUUGUUCUCACUUAACAACCACUUGUUCAGUGGCAUUUGAAGUUAAGAUGGCACCAAACAAGGGGGUUUAUGGCCAAUCCAAGCCUUGAAGUUGUGCCAUCACAGAAUUCCCAUGAUAACUUGAUUGCAAUUUGGGCACUUGAUUGCAUUUACAGUUGUUGCAGCAUCCCAUAAUCAUUUGCAACCUUCACUCUACCUUCCCACAAGCAAAAUCAAUAGGGAAGCCAGCAGUAAAUUGCAAGUCAUGAUCACAUAACAUCUGGCUUAACGACCAUGCGGGAUUCAUUUAACAACAACAAUUGGAAGUGCUGGAACUGCCACUGUUAAGUUAGCCUGGUCAAUGUGGUAAUUGGCUUUACAACUGCAUCACUUAACGAUGGGCUUGUUGGUUCCAGCUACCAUCAUUAAGUGACAACUACCUGUAAGAUACUUUUUAAGUAAUUCAAUGGUCUUUUGAAUGCUAGGGUUAAUUUUGAAUUGGUCACUUUCCUCAAACUAUCAAAACAUAAUAAUAAUGGACAAUCAGAAGUGAGAAGAAAGGAGAGAUAUGUUUGUGUAUAUAUGUGCCUAGUAAGUGGUCCUAGCCAAUUCAGUAUGUGGGCUACAGUAAUGUAGUGCAAGAAAUAUUCUAUUUCUGGAAAGUAGUCUAUUAGGUAAGGUAAUGUAUAGAGAUUGUAACAGUGUGUAUCAAGGAAGCAGAGUAUUGCUGAAAAUACAUGUAUGGAUUUCAAGUAAACCAACUUAAUAAUAAUAAGAGUAGAAUAAUUGAAAUCAAUGAAUUUCAAGUUAGAAAUAUCUAAAUUAAUUCCCACUGAUUUAAGUCACUCUAUUGUAAGCAGGACAGAGUCUGGAUCCAAUCUAUAAUACAUGAAGAGGGUUUCUACUCUGUAUUUUGUGAGUUCAAUUCAUAUUAAUUAUUUCUCAAUACCAACUCAUAUCAGCAAAAAACAAAGGCUGUUAUGUUCUCUUUAUCACUCCCCACUUGCUCAGCUGGUGGAUUGCUAUUAUUUCUACCUCCUCCUUCUUAACAAAAUACUCUGGUACUAGUGCCUAGGAUUAAGCCGACAGCAGGUACUAUAUUGUGCAGCAAGGAAAAAACAUGGGAGAAAUAAGGAACUAGUACUACAGUAGUGCCUGGCUAAGCAAGCAGCAGGAAAUUGCAUUUGAUACAACUUGCAAUAAUAAUUCAGUUGAACACUGGUUCAUGCUGCUAAACCACUGCUGAGCAAAGGGUUUCAGCCACACCAAUUAACAAGCAUUUGCAUUGGCCAUGAGGUGCAUCAGAGAUGGCUCUGUAUAGGAUUGAAAUAUGAAACAUGGGCAGAUGUUACAGAGUCAAAAUUUAAAAGAAAAAAAAAAAGCAAUGAAAUGCAAAACAAAAACAAGACACAAAGCAAGGCUGAAGUGCUACUACCUGAAAUUCAGUUGCAUGCUGAGCAUGCUGAAAAGAGCAGAGAAAGCUUUGAGCUACAUGCCAUGCUUGAACUCCCUUGGCUUUAAUGUCUCCUUGAUCCACUCAUCUGCCUCACAAUCAGCACCAAAAAGAGGUCUAAUAGGAGUUCCUUAUGAGCUCUCUGAUUUAUUUAAUGGCCGCAUUUUUAAAAUAAAUGUUUGUAUUAUUAU